ACCACUCAGAUUGGAUUAGGACCCCCUACUCCUAUUUGACCUCAUGUUAAAUGAUAACAUCUUCAAAGACCAGAACCCUAUGGAGCAGUUCUGCUCUGCACACGUGGGGAUGCCGUGAGUUGGAAUCAACUCAACAGGAACUCACAACAACGAGGAGACUAAUUCAGCCUCCUUUGUCACUUUACAAAGGCCUUGUCUUCUUUGUCUCCCCCGAACUCCAGCUUUCAGCCCCUCUGCCUGCCUCCACUUCCAACUCUCUCUGGCAAGUGCAGAAGCUUGAAGCUAUUGCCAGCAGGCUUAGUCGGGUCAUACACUGCAAGGGGGUAGGUGGGGAUGGCUAUGGAGGAGGCAGAAAUGCAUGUGAACCUAGGUGUCUCCCCCAGUAGCCUGGUUAUUGGCAAGUUAGACUCUGAAAAAUGGAUAGAAGAAUUUAACUCACUCAUAGUAGUUGUGAAAUUAAAAUUUGGAAUGGUUCCUGGCAUAUAGUAGGGGCUCAACAAUGAACAGUCUUAUCCCUUGAAGAGAGUGGUCCUCCAAUGCUAAUGAGAGUCAGGAGAUCCUGGCGAGCUUCUUAACAGUAUGGGCCUGAUUAAGAGUAUCGGGGAUGAGGCCCACUGCUCUGUGCGACUUGUCUAAGAGUGGACUCUGGAGAAGCAGUGAGGUCCCGGACGUCUGCCUAGCCUGUAUUCCCUGUGUCUCUUGUCCCUGGUAUCUCCACCUCCUUGCUCACUGGCUCCUUCUUGGCUCUCACAGUGGGACUCCCCUGUGCAGGUUAUCUCCCAACUGGCAUUACAGGUUAGUUCUUGAAAAAUUGGUGUCCAGGCUGUGGGUCAGCCCCAGGUUGGCCCUGAGAGAGGGCCCUGAAGGAGGAACAAGGAGCCUGUGGACUCCUCGCCCCCUGGUCCUUAUCACAGCCGAUGUGCACUUCACCAAGUGCCCUGGAAUAAUGCUUGUUGAUGUUAGUCACUGUUGAGUCUAUUCUGACUCAUGGUGGCUCCAUGCAUGUAGAGUAGAACUGCUCCAUAGGGUUUUCAGGGCUGUGAUCUCUCAGAAGCAGAUCACCAGGCCUGUCCUCCAAGGCGUCUCUGGGUGGAUUCAAACCUCCAAACUUUCAGCUAGUCAAAAAACCUCAAACCCACCGUUGUCAAGUCAAUUCUGAUUCAUAGUGAUGCCAUAGGGUUUCCAAGGCUGUAAAUCUCUACAGAAGUAGACUGCCACGCCUUUCUCCCACAGAGCCACAGAUGGCUUUGAACCACCAACCUUUCAGUUAGCAGUCAAGUGCUUUAACUAUUGUGCCCAGUGGUUAACCAUUUGCACCACUCUGGAACAAUGCUAACAGAAAGGAUACCCCUGGCUAACAUUUAUUGAUAUGCUCCUUACAUGCGUUUUCUAGUUCCUUCUUACAACCUUGUGAGGUCAGGUACUUUUACCAUCCUCAUCACCAAAUGAGGAGACAAGUACCAAGUGGUUAGAAAACUUGCCAAAGACACAGUUAGCCAAUGCCACAGCCAUUUACCAAGUCAUUAUUUGUUUGUCACUUAUGACCGGUAGGCUUAGUGGGGCACGAUUUCUUCUUCUCUUUCGUCAUCAUCAUCGUUUCCACUCUACAGGUGAGAAAACGCUGGUGUGACAGGAGCUGGGUCCUAGGCGUGCAGGUGCUGGGUGUCAGGAUCGCCCACGGGAGCUGAAGGUGGAGAGGGGUAGAACUUGGUCAUCUCAGUUCUGUCAUGUGCGUGCAGUGUCCCGGCCACACUGCUCCCGGCCCCUGCGGUGCUGAGGGGUGAUGAUAGCACAGAGAAUGGAGCGGGGAGGGCUUCUUGUGUAAGGCGGGGGCUGUGACUGGGGAGCUUGUGUGGUUGGACCGGGUGCCCUUCAAGGUCGUGUCAACCCUGGUCAAGUCUCUGUGUUUGAACUCAGGAUGCUGCUUAGGGUAAAACUUAUGAGCGUAAAUGUUGGGCUUUGGUAGUCAAGACAACCUUGGCUUUGAAUCUCACCUUUGCCAAUUUCUUACUGUGUGGCCUUGAACAAAUUACUUAACUCUUUCAGACCCUCAGUUUCCACAUCUGUGAAAUGGGGCUAAGAGUACCGGCCUCAGAGGAUUGCCAUGAAGACUGAAUGGAUUCAUGCACAUGAAAUAUUUAGCACAGUGCUGGCUGCAUGGUCCACACUCCAUCCAUGGUAGCUAUUCCUGUUUUAUUGUGAUGAAAAAACACAUAACGAAACAUUCCAUCUCAACAAUGUCUUCAUGCACAGUUCAGUGACAUUGAUUACAUUCUUUAGGCUCAUGGUAGCGAUUCAUAACAAUAGUAUCUCCCCGAGUAAAUCAGCCAGACCUCAGCAUUUAACCUUCGAAUGCAAAAAAUCCACUUCAUUAUUAGGAAUCCAACAAGUUGAGCCCAUUCCAGAGAGGAAAACUAUAAGAACUCAGCGAAAGCUUUCCCAGCCAAACCAACACACCUGCUUCCUGCCUAAAGCUCCGUUCUGUUCUGAUUUCAGCACAGCCGGAUUGGCUUCCCCACCUCUGGGCCUUGAGGGAGGCAGGUGCAACAAGACCCUAAAAGAGGCGGGGGAGCUUCCCCAUUCAGCUUCCUGCACCCAGAGCAUGGCCAUGUCGGGUGGUUCCCACACCCAGAAUCUCUGUCCCUAACCCCACUCUCUGCACGAUGCCUGUCCAACCUCCCACCACUCACACCAGGCUUUUCUAUUCUCUCACCCUCUGUAACUGCCCUCGCUCCUUCCUACUUCUGGGUCACCUGUCUCCAUUACAAACUGUCUGGCCAGAUAGUCUCAGUCUUGAUCUCACUGUCCUGAUCAUCGGGUUCUAGAUUGGAGUUCAGAUUAAGAAACCCGCACACACCCACUUGUACAGCUAAGAGUUUCCUCUGGGUACAGAGUGGUAUACAGAGUGGCCCCGUGUUUGGUGAGACCGGUGUUGCCCCUCCCAACACAGUGGCUUCUCAACGGCAGAAGCCAGGAGCGUACUGUUGCCCCUGCCAACCCAGAGCGCAGGGUUCGGCACAGCGCAGACAUUGACUCAGCAAGGCUGGUGUGAAAUAAAUGGUGUUAGUCCUGGAUUUGACCAUAGAGUUGAGUGAAGACCUAGGCUAUAAUUCAGGCUCCAAUCUUUACUAGUAAUAUGACUCUGAGCAAGUUCCUUAAUCUUCUCAGCCUCCGUUUAACCAGUUGCCAUUGAGUGGACCCCAACUCAUGGGGACCCCCGUGUUUCAGCGUAGAACUAUGUCCUAUAGGGUUUUCAAUGGCUGUGAUCUUUUGGAAGUAGAUCUCCAGGCCUUUCUUCCGAGGCUUUUCUGGUGGAUUCAAACUGGCAAUCUUUUGUUUAGUACCCAAGCACUUAACCAUUUCCUCUAGCUAGGGACUCUAGCCUCAGUUUACUCGUCUGCAAAAUGGUAACAAUAAGUACACAUAGCACAGGACCGUGUAAGGAUUAACCGAGCCUUUGAGAACAAGGCGUGUAGUUUAGCAAAGUGCUAGUAAGCACUUGAAAAUAUCAUCUGCUGCUUACUGUUGCUACUGCUGUUUUUACUUUAUUAUUGUUACUACUAAAGUGCUUCCACAUUGUUGUUCGUUGCUGUUGUCCAGUGUUCAACACAACCCUGCAAAGUAGCUGAAGCAGUACAGCCUCCAUUUUCGUAACGAGUAAACUAACUCAGAGAAAGGCUGUUUUUCUAAAAUGCCACAGCUUGACUUGACCCACUUCCCUGGCUGGCACCUCUAGCUGCAGGCCACACAGGUUAGGAACAUGACAUGACCCCAGGCCUCUGAGGAAAGACUCCUGUAAUUUUAAAAACACGGCAGUAUUGUCAUCCGAGCCGUGUUCCUAAUGACUCAGAUGGUCACGUUUUGCUUGGGGGGAAAAAGCUAUGAUUUACAAGGCUAUGACUCUGCUUCUCCGGGAAUGAUGUGGCAUUUUAUUUCCUAUCCCCUGCCCCACCCCGAGAAGAAACACAGUUGGAAAACACAAUCUCCUGUGAGGUUUAUUGUAUGACAUUAUGCAGUAGAAAGGCGCUUCAGAUGGCACGGGGAGCUGCAGAUGGUGGCUGCAGCGAUGGGAACCAAGGGGGAACGAUUCUUGGAUCCAAAACAGGAGAAGAAGCAGAACACAACCAUUGCUUCUUUGGCUGGAAUUUGUCCUAAUCUUCUGUGCUCCAACUAGAGUUAGUAGAAAUGAUUCCUGCCUCCAAGUCUCCUGGUUUAAGCCCUGCUUAAUGCCUGGAUGGAAACCCUGGUGGUGUAGUGGUUAAGAAGUACGGCUGCUAACGAGAAGGUUGGCAGUUCAAAUCCACCAGGUGCUCCUUGGAAGCUGUAUGGGGCAGUUCUACCCUGUCCUCUAGGGUCACUAUGAGUCAGAAUUGACUGGACGGCAAUGGGUUUUGUUUUGUUUUGGUUUAGAGCCUGGGUUGGCACCUCAUAGCCAUCCAUUGAAUAAAUAGAGUGAAGGAGAUGGGAUGGGUCAGCACAGGAUGAGAGCAGGUCAGCAUGGUGGUGGAACAAGCCCAGAGUCGGAAGACUUAGGCCACACUCCAAACACACUGCUCCCCAACCAUGUGACACUGAUGGAGCCCGCCUCUCUGGGCUUCAGCUUCCCCUUUUGUGAUCUUGGGAAGUCACCUGAGCUUUUCUGUGUCUCUCAUAAAAUGGAGAUAAUAUCUAAUUUGUCUUCCGUGUAUGGCUCAUGUGUAUGUACACACUCCACAAAUUUGUAUUAAAUGUAGGGUUACUGUAUGACCUCACCAUUCUGCUUCUAGGCCUAUACCCAAGAGAAAUAAAAACAUAUGUCCACACAAAAACUCAUAUGCGGAUGUUCGUAGCCGCACUAUUCACAGUAGCCAAAAGUGGAAACAACCUCAAUGUCCAUCAGCUGACGAAUGGAUGAACAGAAUGUGGUGUGGCCAUACAAUGGAAUAUUAUUCAGCCAUAAAAGGGAAUAAAGUACUGAAACAAGCUACCAGGUGGAUGCACCUGGAAAACAUUACGCUGAGUGAAAGAAGCAAUAGGCCACAUGUUGUGUAAUUCCAGCCGAAUGAAAUGUUCAGAACGGGGAAAUCUAUCAAAACAGAGUAGAUUAGUGCUUACAUAGGCCUAGAGGGGAUGCAGCGGGGGGAAGCUAUAGCUAAAGGAUACAGAUUUCUUUCUGAGGGGGUGAAAAUGUUCUAAAACUGAAUGUGGUGCUGUUGUUUUGUGUCCUCAAGUCGAUUCCGAUUCAUAGUGACCCUAUAGGACAGAGUAGUACCGCCCCAUAGGGUUUCCCUAGGCUGUAACCUUUAUGGGAGUAGAUCACCAGGAGCCCCUGGUGAACUUGAACCACAGACUUUUUGGUUAGCAGCUGAGUGCUUAACCAUUGCGCCACCAGGGCUUCCUGAAUGCGAUGUAGGUUUUACAUAUCUGUGAAUAGGCCAAAAACCAAUGAAUGUGUAUAAAACCAAAACCAAACCCGUUGUCAUCAAGUCAGUUCUGAGCCAUAGUGACCGUAUAGGACAGAGUAGAACAGCUGCAUGAGGUUUCCAAGAAGUGGCUGGUGGAUUUGAACUGCCUGCCUUUAUGGUUAGCAGCCAUAGCUCUUAACCACUGUGUCAGCAGGGUUUCCAUGCAACACAAACAGGUGCUUGUAUAAAACAUAUUUGACCUGCGCGAAGUCCCCGACUUACAACGGGGUUCCGUUCCAAACACUCCAUCGUAAAUCAGUUCUGCCGUGAGUUGAAUACUUCUUUAUUAUUUUUACCUUUUAUUAUCAGUAUCUUUAUAAAUCGACCUUUGAACACCUGUGAGUGAACAUCUGAGAAUGAUAACAUCAGCUACAACACUGUAUGUGGGACAUACUGCUGACGAUAAGAUGUACAAAAAGCAAAACAGACAGUUCAGGUGCCGUCUUCAGACUCCACUUUUCUGAACCGAUAAUGCCAGUAAGAAGUAAUUAGCAUCCCCAAGGGCUGUGACAAGCUGAUGCUUCAAGCCUUCUGGCCAAGAUACUUGCAUCUGAGGACCGAGAUGGACGAUUUCUCAGGCUACUGAGAUGACAGACAACUCUCAGUGCCUUCCUCACGUCACUGACAGCAACAUGGAAGAGACCAGGCUGUAAUUAAGGAUAACAGCAAACCGUACUUUCUGGAGGAGGGUGGCAAAGACAGCUUCCUGUCAUCCUGCACCAAACACACUUCCUUCGAGGUCCUCAUCCCUGAGGGGCCCUGGACCAUCACGAAGAUUAGAAAAAGAUUAACUACCCCUCAAUCUCUUUAGAUGAGAAAGGAAAUCACUGUUGUUACAUUUGAUUAAACUUCAGCAAGAGACUUUAUCAGCUCUGUCGGGAUUGCUGAAGGCAGCAGGCUACUUUAUUUCCUGGAAAGACAAGUUACAUGCAAGAAGAGCCAACACACCCUGAGUGGUCUGCUUAGCUUUUGUGAUGCCCACGGUGAGGUCCAGCACUCAGGGGUAGCUGUCUCCCAGCAGCAGUGAAGUCGGCAAAAGCAGGCCUGAAGCUUCCGUGGGAAUCCCAGCCUUCCCUUCUGAUCGAGCCUCUGGCUCUGGGACCUUUCAUCCAAAUUCCUCUGCCAUUAAGAGUGUUUCCUCCAACCCGCCACUGGGAGGUGCCCAUCAGGAAAGCAAAAGAUGGUGACCAUGAGGAAAAUGAAGUUGCUCACCUUCCUCAUUCUCCUCGUCUUCCUCACUUCCUUCUUCCUGAACUACACCCCCACCGUGGUGACCACCAUCUGGUUCCCCAAGCAGAUGGUCAUCGGGAUUUCAGAAAACUUCCGGAAGCUCAUGAAGCUCCCUCCUAGGUCCUGCACCUGCAGCCACUGUGUCAACGAGCUCAGAGUCUCGCACUGGUUCGACGAGAGGUUCAACGAGACCAUGCAACCACUGCUGACGCUGCAUAACUCGCUCAUGGAGGAGGAGACCUACAGCUGGUGGCUGAAGCUUCAACGGGAGAAGAACCCCAAAAACCUGAACGAUACCAUCAAGGAGCUGUUUAGCGUGGUGCCUGGGGAUGUAGACCCCAAGCUGGAGAACGAGUCGGUGGGCUGCCGGCGCUGCGCUGUCGUAGGCAACUCAGGCAACCUGAAGCAGUCACAGUAUGGUUCCCAGAUAGAUGAGCAUGACUUUGUUCUGAGGAUGAACAAGGCCCCCACAAUGGGGUUUGAGGCCGAUGUCGGGAGCAAGACCACCCACCAUCUUGUGUAUCCUGAGAGCUUCAGGGAGCUGGGGGAGAACGUCAGCAUGAUCCUGGUCCCCUUUAAGAUUACUGACCUGCAGUGGGUGGUCAGUGCCACCACCAAGGGCACCAUCUCCCACACUUAUGUCCCUGUCCCCAUGAAGAUCAAGGUGAAAAAGGAGAAGAUCCUCAUCUACCACCCAGCCUUCAUCAAGUACGUCUUCGACAACUGGCUGCAGGGCCACGGGCGGUACCCAUCCACUGGCAUCCUCUCUGUCAUCUUCUCCCUGCACAUCUGUGACGAGGUGGACUUGUACGGCUUCGGGGCUGACAGCAAAGGGAACUGGCACCACUACUGGGAAAACAACCCGUCGGCAGGCGCUUUCCGUAAGACAGGGGUGCACGACGGAGACUUUGAGUCCAACGUGACGGCUACCUUGGCCUCCAUCCACAAAAUUCGCAUCUUCAAGGGGAGAUGACGCGGGGAAGGGUCAGGACCGCUGCACCGGCUCCUUCCUCUCCAUCUCCAGCCCCUGCACCUCACCAGAGCUGCCCCGCUCCAGUAGCUUCAAGGGCCCAGCCCUCUCGCAGCCAUGGGUACCCCAAUUUUUGGCAGCAUCUGCUCACAGGGUCACUGAGCUCUACCAGGCUGGAGAGCAGGUCUCUGAAUUGGCCAUGAAGGAGAGAACAUGGCUCUCAAGGCUGGGGAAGGUGGGGAGAUGCUGGGCAAGGUUCACUCUGAAAGCACCAGUCAUGUCAGCUUCAAGAUGCAAAGGGAGUCAAAUCCUGAAGACCCCCGAUUCUAAGGAAAAGGACCAUUUCCCCUUGAGGAUGGGCAGAGACACCUCCUCUGUGGAGCAGUCCUGGCUGACUUCAGCUCCACUCCUUCCUGGGAUGUUCCUGGGUGAGGAUUACUUAUGGAACAGAGCCAUGGGCCCACAUAGCACUGGGGUGCAAUGAUACCUUCUUUUCUGGAGGCCAAGCCCAGCCCCUUGUUUGGCCAGAUAAGCUCGUCUUCCCUUCCUGCCCCAAAGCUCGUUCGUGAUGGCCAGGAGGCCUCCCCACCCCAAAGGUCUUCACAGAAACUUUGCAAGGUGGUUCUGGCUUCAGGAGAUGUCUUCUUCCCAAACAGAUGCUCCUUUGUUGUUAUAAUGAUGGCUGAGAGCAGAUCGGACUACUUCCAUGUGCCUUCGUAUCUGGGAAGGAAACUCAGGCGUGGGCUGAGACGAGGCAAAGCCCUGACUUGGACAGGGACCUCCAUCCACAGCCACCCUUGCUCUGGAGCUGGGGACAUUGUUUCCAUUUUAAAGACUGUUGAACUUGGCACCCAUAACCUUCCCACACCACAUAGGGGGCCUCUUUCACCCAGCAUCUUCCCCCAGAGCCCAGGCUCCGGACAAGUUCACGCUGGCCAACUACUUGGUGUCCUGGGGCUGGAAUGCAGGCCAAGGGACAGUGACUGACAGAGCAGGACACAUCAUACCUCAUCCUCUUCCUCCCCCAUGGGUCUCUUUCUUCCUCUUCAGCCUUCCUGAUUAUUUAUUGAUUUUUUUUUUUUUAAUUCAACUGACAUUUUGUGCACCCUGUGUUUCUGCUGAUGGUCUGGUGUCCUAAUUCAGCUUGCUGUGGCUUCACCAGGCAGCUGGGUGUUGGCAGCUUAAAGGAAGGCUUCCAUGAACUCUGGGACCUGGGGCUUCGGGGGCAUCUAGGACGUGGGAGAAGUCCUGUGGCGUUAGGUGCUAGGUUUAUGGAAUGCCCGGCCCUGCCUUCCAGCCUAACUUUCGGUCUCUCUUGUUGUGGGCUCGGAUUCAGUGUCAGGCUAGAAAUGCCCAAAAACCUUGGUGGAGCCGAUGGUGUGGUUGGGUGCCUGCAGUUGUCUUCUCUAGUUUCUGACAUUUAAUCAGAAAAACCACUUUUCCCAUUGAAAGCGCCUUCCUAGAAGGCCAUGGCUCUUGGGGAGGUGCAGCUGUUUCCGGAUGGGGUGUUUGGAAUGCCAGCCUCGGAAGCCCCGGCCUGCCCCUGCGGACCUCCGCACUCCAAAAAGUUCUGUUCUCAUCAUCCUCACAGUCUCCCUCUGCAAACCAGGAGAGAGGGAUUAUGGAUGCUUGGGCCCUUGGCCAGGGGCAUCGAUGGCUUCAGGCCAUUCACAAGAAUCCUCAGAAGUUACAUACCAAGCUUCCCCCCGCCCCCCUUUCUUUCUGAGUCUGGGCGUAUAAGCAUCUUUCUGGGGAGAGGCUCCAGAGCUUUAAUUGCCAAGAGGUUCAGAAAGUUUUAAAAACAAAAAAUUGUUCCAACUUUAAAAUUCUCCAAAAAGUAAGGUUCUCUUGACUGAUAAAGGCUCUUAAUUACUACGAGGUGGUCAUUCUGAUGGUAAACCCUCAAACGCCAGAGCUCGCAGCAGCGUGGUGGUGAAGUGUUCAGCAAGCGUUGGCUGGUUGAUGAUUUUCAGAAACAGGCCUUGAGAUAAAUGCAUACUUAUACAGAGAGCAGUGUCGACUCCUGGACACUUUGCCUUUUUCAUAAGAAAACCCAUUGUCAUGGAGUUGAUUCUAACUCAUAGCGACCAUAUAGGACAGAGUAGAACUGCCCCAUAGGGUUUCCAAGGAGCACCUGGUAGAUUCAAAUUACUGACCUUUUGGUUAGCAGUCGAGCUUUUAACCACUAUGCCACCAGGGCUCCCUUUUCCUAAAAGCGCAGUCUAUUUAGGGACAAGGGGUUCAGGCUUAGCAAUCUACUUACGUGGUUUUCCUGAGUAAGAAAAAAAAGGCCCCAUCAAGGGAAGACAUGUCCAUGUCUGAGCUUGGCACCACCUAGGGCAGCUUCUUGGCCUUGGUCUGCUCUCCUCCUCCCUCCUUCUAGAACAUUCGUGCUAUGAGAGACCUCCCAGCUCUCCCAUUUUACAGAUAAGAAUACCAAGGCCCAGAGAAUGGAAAUGACUUGCAAAAGUGAACCACUCAUGACAGAUAACAUAAUUCAAUCAGGUUUUGAUCAAGGAUAGAAUGUUAUUGGCUCCUUGUCUAAAAUGUUCAGCCAUGAAUUUUUCUAGCAAGGCUGUAUCCAACACCCCCCAUCCCCCCACUGUAACUGAAAUGUAGGUUUCAGAUCUCUGUUCCACCUCCCACCACCAAGCUUCACCCCCCGGCUGCCCAUGGUGGACCUCACAACCUCCAGUCUCUACCAUCUCCCCCAAUACCUUCCCAUGGAGGAGACAGUGUACCUCUUUCCUAAAGCCUCAGCAAACAUCUCUUUGUAUCUCAGUGGCUUAACAAUGGGCACUUAACCAAAUAAAAGCCAAUUAUUGUGGCCAGGACAAAAUGCACCAACUGGUCUAAGCCAUGCCAGCAGUGAGGGUGGCUGAGAAUCAGGUAAGGGAGUUUCCCAAAGGGUUGGAGGAUGCUAGGGAGGUGCUCAUGUGUCCGCCAUAGUCAGAGCUGGGGCACCAGCAGGAUGCCCACUCACGCCCCUGCAGCUCCUCCCAGGGCUCUGUCCACUCUGUAGGCAGGUAGUUCCUUAGGGACCAGCCCUGGGCCCUGGGCCCUGGGCAGGGGCAGAGGGGUCCCUGGUCCUGUCUGCAGCCAAUGUGCUGGACCUGAGGCCUCAAAGGCAGAACUGGUGAGGGUGGCCUCAGGGACCUCAGCAAUGUGCUAGCCUCCACCAAACCCUAGCGGGCCAGGGCACUGGUUUCCUGGAGCUGGAGCCCCCAGCAGCAAAGCCAACACCUGCAUUGCAUCCCUGGGACCGCCCCCCAUCACUCCCCACCCGCUUCCUGCGUCCCCGUGCUCUGCUCUCCCCUCCUUUUAGGGGAGGAAGGAGGUAGAUUUGUAGCCUCUGGCUCUGCAGAGGGAUUUGGGCUGGGAAGAAGGUCCUUAAAUUGAUAACCCUUGAAACUCUGGCUUUGUCAGGCAUUAUCCAGCAAGCCGUAUGGGCUGGGCUUGGUGGAAGAUGCCAGGAACGAGCAAGUAGGACAUAAAGUAUGGAAACUAGACAAGUGGGUAGACAGCAUCUAGAUGACUCUCCUAGUGAGAGGGCUGGUGGGGAGCCCUCAAAGGGCCCCAGUCCCCGCGGUGGUUGGGAGGAGCUGGUAGGCCAGCCCUGCCUCCAUGUGAACUGGGCCUCUGGACCAAAGCUGGAAUGUUCCAGACCUCAGAGGAUAUUUACAACCGUGAUGUUGGCUUCACCGUUUUCCUCAAGGUGGCCCAAACACAAAGAAAAAUGAAGACAGAAAAGAUCUCACUUUCUCUCGCACAUUUAUGGUCAAACAUGCUUUCUCCAGGGAAGCCCACAAUGCUAAGAUGGCUGAGUGCCAGCCAUGUGCUCUCAGGGACUGUCACCUGUCCUCGCUCCUCUGGAGAGCUCAAUAUGAGCACCUCCAGCUUGGCUGUCUGGCUUACAGCAAACAUGGCCAUAUGCCAACCAUCUGGUCAUCCCCGGAAAUCUUCCUCUCGUUUGUCAUGAAAAUGCCACCUCUCCUACCCCUGGGGUGCUUCACAACACCUUUGUGCAGAGACAAAGGGGGAGUGUCUUAGUUAUGUACUGCUGCCGUAACAAAAAUGCCACAAGAAUGGAAGCUUAUUUUCUCACCAUUCUAGAGUCUGAGAGUCCAAAUCAGGGUGUCAGCCACAUCAGUUCCUUCUGUGAGCCUCCCUCUUAGUUUCUCAUGUCUGUGGCGAUCCUUGGUGAUCCUUGGUGUCCCUCGCCAUCUGUCUUCGCCCUGUGUGUUUCUGUGUCUAUUCUGGUCUUUUUAUGACUCAGAAGGGAUUAAGUUUAGGAUCCACCCUACACUGGUGUGACCUCAUUAACAUAAGAAAAGAAAAAUCCUUUUUGCAAAUAGGGAGAGGCGUUAGGAUCUCAACCCAUGUUUGGGGGGAGGCCAUUCAACCGACAGUAGAGUCAGGAGGAAAGGCAGCAGAGACAGGCACAGAGCGUCUCAUAGUGGAUCAAUAUCUGGGCAUUAGCAACUUUGUUUUUCUCACCAAAAGAGCACCGUAAGAGGCAAGGCUGCCCCAAGCCCCCCGUUUUCCCUCCCUGCCCAUCCGGUGUGCCCACACGCAUGCUGAAGCCAAGCCUGCUGCUCAGCCUGCUAGCACAGUGCAGAGUCACCCAUCUGCUAUGGUCCUGAGCCAAGAGGUCAGCUUUAUCCCGAGCGUGUCAGGAGCCCCUCCCCGCCAGAAUGAACUUGGCCUCACCCCCCUUCUGCACAAUCGCGUCAGCACCUCCCUGAAUUCGCUCUCAAAGCCAAAGUCUCUUGAGCACUUUUUCUUCUUUGCAGCCUUGUUUGUUUUGUUGUUGGUGUUUUGGAAUCUGCUUUCUCUCUCCUGACCUGGCUCCUGUUUGUUUCCCAGCUGAGUGUUAAAUCUGGUUGCAUUUUGAAUGAAGUUAGCAAGAGUCCGCCUUCCUCGGCCCCUGCUUUAUUUUAUUUAUUGUUAAAUAUUUCCAGUGAUCAGAAUCAAAGUGAAUAAAGAGAAGAGCUAUUUUA